AUGAGCUCUGUCUCGACCAGCGCGGACCCUCUGAGCGAAUCAUCGUCGGUCGCUGUGGGAGUAGUCAGAACGCGGGCAGAAGCAGCAGCAGCAGCAGCACCACCACCACCACCACAAUCACCAGAACGCGCGGCGGGAGCAGUAGAGAUAGUUGGCGCGGGAGGCAGUGGUGCAGACGUCCCUGUAAUCACAGCGGCAGCGGUCUACAACAAGGACGGAGAGCCGCAUGCCGUCAAUACUGCAGUGGUGAAGGCAGUUGAUGACUUCAAGGUGCCCGAGGGCUAUGUGAGGAAAGGUUCCCGCGAGAAGUCGUAUAUGUACUCGCUAGGAGUGUACAUCGAGGCUUUGAAAGGCGACAAACACCAGUUCUACUGUUUGGUCGACGGCACGUGCCGCCGCAAGAACAAGAUGAUCCCCUGCAAAGGCGGCGACCGCAGCAACGUCAACUCGCACCUCAAAAAUGCGCACGGACUGCAGGGGGUGGGUGGCGUCGUGAAGGAGGGAAAGAAAAAGGCAGCGAAAGAGAACAUUGCGGCCAACCUAGCAGCGAAAGAGAACUCGGGUGUUGGCACGGACAGGCUGCGAGGCUACCCACUAGACCACCGGAGCGACGUGGUCGGGAACAUGCAGGAAGAGAUCAACAAGGCACCUCUACCUAUCAUCCACUACGGGCUCGACCUGUGGACAUGCAAAGUCUCUGGGCGCAAAUAUCUUGGCGUGCACGUCUUUUACGUGGACAGCAACUUCAGCUUGCGACACGCUCUGAUUUCUGUCAAGCACUACGCCCCUUCGACGGAGAUUCAGGGUACGGAGAAGGCCAGCGAAAUCCUCUUCACCAUAUUCCGAGCGACGCUGGCGGAGUACGGCAUCAAACUAUCCGACCUUGCUGGUGGAACAACUGACAGCGGCUCCGACGUCAAGGCCAUGUGCGUCAACAUCCUCUUGGGGUUGCACAAGAUCUGGUGGGAUUGGUGUGACUGCCACCUGGCCGACAAGUCUGCCGAGAAUACCUUCGGCACCUCGGCGGAUCCCCAACAGUCCAAGAACAAGAUUGCGCGUGACGUCAUCAAGCUCGUGAUCAAGACCGCGGCGAAGAUCAACCAGUCCACCAUCGUCAAGCAGAAGUUCGAAAAGGUGACGCUCGAGAUGCUUGACGAGAUCUUGAAGAUCACGAAGCACGCGCCCCAGCGGUGGCUGAGUCUCGUCCUCGUGAUGGAGCGCAUCAUCCGUCUGUGGCACGUCUUGAGGAAGGUCUACGCCAACGACGGCGAGGAGUUCCCCCUCGACAAGGGCAACAACAGGGACGACAUCCUCCAGCUCUACUCGCUUCUCCAGCCCCUUUCCGCGAUAACGCGUGACGGCCAGUACGGCAACGCGCCGAUGACCGCGGAGAUGCACUUGGCGUUCGCGCAACUGAAGAUGUAGGUGCUCGAUCCCGAGCAGCCGCUUAGGGUGUUCGACAUCCCCCCCGCACCGAACUCCCCGGAAGCGGAGAACGAGCACGAGGUGGGCACGGGGCGGA